GGCUAAUUGUACUUGCUGCACGGUGGCACCGACAAGAUGGAUGCUGUUGAAAAAGCUAAUGCUGCUCGACAAAGGAAAUGGAUUAAGGAUCAGAAGGUUGGAGAGGGUACCUAUGCCGUUGUGUAUCGAGGGCAUGACGCAGACUCUGGACGAAAAGUCGCCAUCAAGAAAAUCAAGGUCGGGCAAUUCAAGGAUGGUCUCGACAUGUCCGCUGUUCGGGAGGUGAAAUAUUUGAAGGAGCUGCAGCAUCAGAAUGUCAUCGCACUUUUCGACGUGUUCUCCUCUAAAACUAAUCUUAACCUUGUCCUGGAAUUCCUGGAUGCGGACCUAGAGCUCAUUAUCAAGGACCGGUCCAUCGUGUUCCUACCAGCGGAUAUCAAGAGCUGGUUAGCAAUGACUUUCCGAGGUCUAGAGUUCUGUCAUAGGAACUGGAUUCUGCACCGUGACUUAAAACCCAACAACUUGCUCAUUGCAUCAGAUGGUCAACUAAAAAUAGCCGAUUUCGGUCUAGCUAGAGACUUUGCAGACCCAGGGUACAAAAUGACUUGUCAAGUCAUCACGCGAUGGUAUCGACCACCAGAGUUGCUAUUUGGCUGUCGCUAUUAUGGUACUGGCGUUGACAUUUGGUCCGUUGGAUGUAUUUUCGCCGAGCUUAUGCUUCGAAUACCUUACCUACCGGGUGAAAGCGACAUGGACCAGCUGAAAACUAUCUUUCGAGCGCUUGGGACGCCGACGGAAGAUGAAUGGCCGGGUCAUACAAAACUGCCUGACUACGUAACAGUGGGCCAGUUCCCUAAACCAGCACUGCGGGAUCUCUUUACAGCUGCAACUCCCGAAGCGUUGAACCUCCUCAGUCGAUGCCUUGUCUACGAACCACGUAAACGUAUCUCAUGUAAAGACGCACUCAACCAUCCAUACUUCUUCGCACCUCCCUACUCUACGCAUCCCUCCAAACUUCCGAAGACCGCCAACCAGCUUGCUCCACGUCCACUAGAAGAAGUUGACGGCAACGUGGACCAAAACGCUCCUGGCCUGGCCGUAAAGGCGAGUGCACCUAAUACCAGCCGACUGAAACGUAAGGCCUCGAUUACAGAUGCGGAAACACGUUCUGUUGCUCGUCGAUUGGACUUUACCAACAUCAAAUCGCCUUAA